AUGACUCCUCCGUCUGUUAGGACGGACACAGUCCUGACACCACAACAGGCCCAGGACACCCCGUCAAUCGUCCGAAUCUCGAUUCCUCUCUGUACCUUUCUUUUUCCCUUUUUAGCUCUCUGUACCUUUCUCUUUUGCUUCCCUUUUAGCUCUCUGUACCUUUCUUUUGCUUCCUUUUUAGCUCUCUGUACCUUUCUCUUUUGCUUCCCUUUUAGCUCUCUCUCUCUGUACCUUUCUCUUUUUUGCUUCCCUUUAGCUCUCUGUACCUUUCUCUUUUGCUUCCCUUUUAGCUCUCUGUACCUUUCUCUUUGCUUCCCUUUAGCUCUCUGUACCUUUCUCUUUGCUUCCCUUUUUAGCUCUCUGUACCUUUCUUUUGCUUCCCUUUUAGCUCUCUCUCUCUGUACCUUUCUCUUUUGCUUCCCUUUAUUCUCUGUACCUUUCUCUUUUUGCUUCCCUUUUAGCUCUCUAUGCCUUUUCUUUUGCUUCCCUUUUAGCUCUCUCUCUCUGUACCUUUCUCUUUUGCUUCCCUUUAGCUCUCUGUACCUUUCUCUUUGCUUCCCUUUUAGCUCUCUGUACCUUUCUCUUUGCUUCCCUUUAGCUCUCUGUACCUUUCUCUUUUGCUUCCCUUUUAGCUCUCUGUACCUUUCUCUUUUGCUUCCCUUUACUCUCUCUCCUUUUCUCUUUGCUUCCCUUUUUUUCUCUGUACCUUUCUCUUUUGCUACCCUUUCAGCUCUCUGUACCUUUCUCUUUCUUUCCUUUCAGCUCUCUGUACCUUUCUCUUUCUUUCCUUUCAGCUCUCUGUACCUUUCUCUUUCUUUCAGCUCUCUGUACCUUUCUCUUUCUUUCCUUUUAGCUCUCUGUACCUUUCUCUUUUGCUUCCCUUUUAGCUCUCUGUACCUUUCUCUUUUGCUUCCCUUUUCUCACCAUCUAUCUCUUCAUACUAAUCUCUUAUUUCUCUUUCCCUCACUCUCUCCAACAGCACCAUUCUUUCUUUUUUAUAUCCCUUUUCUUUCAUUCUCCCUUUUUAUCUUUCCACAGCCCUCUCUGAUUCUAAAUACCUAUUCAUCCACCCCACCACUCACACUUAUUCACCCAUAUCUAUCCCUCCCCCUCCAUGCCAUUACUCCAUCUAUAUCUAAUUCCCCCCCCUAUCUAUCCAUUCACAUCUAUCUAUCCAUCCAUCCCACCUACCUUCAUAUCCAUCUAUCUUCCUCUCCUUCAAUCUAUAUCUAUUCCUCUUUCCUUCUCUCAAACCCUUCCAAAACAAGAACUAUAAUGUGGGAUUGGAAUGAAAGCAGUGAUGCCACCUGA